AUGGGGGCAGUAGCGUACGCCGAGUGCACGUCCAAAUACUCGGAGAACAGCGUCCGCGACGUGUUCCACGUCACCACCGUGGCGUCCGUGCACCGCAUCCACCGCACGCCAAUCAAACGGGCCGCCUCCCGCAAAGGGGGGGUCAAGCGGGUGUCCCAGGCCCCGCCCCGGACUGACCACACACCCCCGCCCCCGCUCAGGAAGGACCGGGCCAAGAGCUGCGUCAUCAUGUAA